AACAAAGCAGAAAAAAUUCAAUAAGUUAAACAUUAUUAACUUAUGAGUAGACUCAAAGAAAAUGCAAGUUCUUGAAUGAAAAAUUAGUAAAUAAUGGCUGAAAAAGUGAUUAAUAUGGAGAAAAAUUUUAGGUAUACAUUGUUUGGAAUCGUCCUACUACUUACCUUUUCAACUAGGUUUUAUAAAAUUAAAGAACCAGAUCAUGUAUGUUGGGAUGAAACACAUUUUGGCAAAAUGGGAAGCUGGUACAUAAACCGAACGUUUUUCUUUGAUGUUCAUCCUCCUUUAGGAAAAAUGCUGAUAGGCCUUUCUGGUUAUCUAACAGGCUAUGAUGGUACAUUUCCUUUUGACAAACCAGGAGAUAAAUAUGAAAACACAAGUUAUGUAGGAAUGAGAGUAUUCUGUGCCAGUCUAGGAUCGACUAUUGUUCCUAUGACUUUUUUAGCUGUAGACCAAAUGACUGGUAGUCCAACAGCAGCACUAUUUUCAUCUCUGUUGAUUUUACUUGAUGUAGGACUUAUCACACUAACCCAGUACAUCCUCCUAGACCCGAUUUUAUUAUGUUUCAUGAUGGGUUCGAUAUUGGGAGCAAUCAAAGUAUCCUACAACAGUUCCAGGGAAUUUUCCUGGCAGUGGUGGUCCUGGCUUAUAUUUACAGGAACAAUGCUGGCUUGUACUAUAUCUGUGAAAUUUGUAGGCCUGUUUAUUGUGUUGUUAGUCGGUCUUCUAACUAUUGCAGAUUUAUGGAAUAUUCUGGGUGAUAUGACCAGACCUGUGACUGAUACUGUAAGACACCUUUUUGCCAGAGCCUUAUGCUUAAUUAUCUUACCAAUAUUCCUUUACAUAUGUUUCUUUUACAUCCAUCUGAAAGUUCUGAACAGAAGUGGAAACGGAGAUGGAUUUUACAGCUCAGCUUUUCAAUCGCAACUUAUCGGAAACAGUUUAUACAAUGCAAGCAUGCCUCACCAAGUAGCAUAUGGUGCAAUAGUUACUUUGAAAAAUCACAGGACAGGAGGAGGAUAUUUACAUUCGCAUUUCCACUUGUAUCCUGAAGGAAUGGGCGCUAGGCAGCAACAGAUAACCACAUAUACCCACAAAGAUGACAACAAUAAGUGGCUAAUUAAAAAAUACAAUUUGGAAGAAACUAAUACCAUUGAAAUAGUUCAUAGUGGUGAUUUGGUGAGACUAGAACACAUAGCGACAAAAAGAAACUUGCACUCUCAUAAAGAACAAGCUCCUGUAACGAAAAAACACUACCAAGUCACGGGCUAUGGCGAAAAUGGCACUGGAGAUGCAAAUGAUGUAUGGAGAAUCCUAAUCGAAGGAUCCAAAGACAGAUCAGAAAUCACUGCUGUGACUAGCAAAUUGAAAUUCGUCCAUUAUUUACAAUCGUGUGUUUUAACUACAAGUGGCAAACAAUUACCUAAAUGGGCCUACGAACAACAAGAAGUUUCUUGCAAUCCUAAUUUGAGAGAUCCACAUGCUUUGUGGAAUGUUGAAGAGAAUAUUUUUGAAAAAUUGCCAAAUGUAAACUUUGAAGUUUACGCUCCGAGUUUUUUUGAAAGAUUUCUAGAGUCUCACGCUGUUAUGUUCCAAGGUAAUGCUGGAUUAAAGCCUAAAGAAGGAGAAAUUACUUCAAGACCCUGGCAAUGGCCAAUAAAUUAUAGAGGGCAAUUUUUCUCAGGUUCUCAAUACAGAAUCUACCUGUUAGGAAAUCCAAUUAUAUGGUGGAGUAAUUUAGUUUUUAUUUUGUUAUUCCUAGGAAUGUUCCUUAUAAAUGCAAUCAAGCUACAAAGAGGAUACAUCAAGUCUUUUUCAGAACCUCAAAAACAAAAGCUGAAAGCAUGUGCUUGGUUAUUUAUUGGUUGGUUACUGCAUUACGUACCUUUUUGGGCCAUGGGACGUGUACUGUAUUUUCAUCAUUAUUUUCCGGCUCUGCUUUUCAGUUCCAUGAUAACAGGUAUUAUGAUUGAUUACUUGUUAGAAGAAAUAUCCAAAUUCCGGAACAACAGUAUGUCCAAAACCAUUUACCAUACCUUAUUUGGUUUGAUAUUGUCAGUAUUUUGCUACAGUUUUUACUUAUUUGCGCCUCUGGCUUAUGGUAUGAGUGGACCUUCAGCAAAUGAACCCAAUUCGACUAUGCAUGGAUUGAAGUGGUUUGAUACUUGGGAAUUUUAGAAUCAUUGUAAUUUUCGAGAAACAUCUUAUGCUUAUUUUUACGUUGCAAAACAAAUCCGUCCAAUUAGACUAUAAGAUAAAUUUCUAUUUUUGUAUUAUUUAUUUACGUUGACUGAGUUUUGAUAUGAAGUUUUAUACUGUAAAAGUUUAAGUUAAUUUUUAAUAGAAAGGAUAACUUAA